AGCCUCCCCCCCCCCCCCCCAUCGUCUUCUACGGCUCGCUCUCGAGCUCUCUCGUUCGAUUUCCAUGGCGUCGAUCCCCGGGGUAUGCGCCCCUUCCUCCACCCUCGGCCCCCGCCCCUCCCGAACCCUCCGCCCCGACGCCGCCUCCCUCCUCGUCGCCCCCUCCGGCCGCCUCCGCCGGUUCCGGCCGCCGCACUCCGUCGCCGACCUAUCCCGCUCCUCCGCCUCCUCCUCCGGCGGGUCAAACUUCGCUCCCAUCGAGAAGAAGCCCGGGGGCGUCGACAAGGACCCGAUCCGCCUCUGGAAGCGCUACGUCCGCUGGUUGUACCACCACAAGGAGCUGAAGCUGUAUCUGGACGUGAGCCGGAUCGGGUUCACCGACGAGUUCGUCGAGCGGAUGGAGCCGCGGUUCCAGGAGGCGUUCCGGGCGAUGCAGGAGCUCGAGAAGGGAGCGAUCUCGAACCCGGACGAGGGGCGGAUGGUGGGCCACUACUGGCUCAGGAGCCCUAUGCUCGCGCCGACCGAGAUCCUGAGGUCGCAGAUCGAGAACACGAUUGAUGCCAUCUGCAAAUUUGCGGACGACAUCAUCAGUGCUAAGAUUAAGCCGCCAUCCUCUACAGCUGGUUGCUUUACCCAGAUACUUUCUAUCGGAAUUGGAGGUUCAGCUCUAGGGCCGCAGUUUGUUGCCGAGGCAUUGGCUCCUGACAAUCCUCCUCUAAAGAUAAGAUUUGUUGACAAUACAGACCCAGCCGGUAUUGAUCAUCAAAUUGCACAACUUGGAGCGGAACUCGCCUCAACUCUUGUAAUUGUAAUAUCUAAGAGCGGAGGUACCCCUGAAACUCGAAAUGGUCUGUUAGAAGUACAGAGAGCUUUCCGCAAAGCUGGACUGAUUUUCUCAAAACAGGGUGUUGCAAUCACUCAGGAGAAUUCUUUAUUAGACAAUACUGCAAGAAUAGAGGGUUGGUUAGCAAGAUUUCCUAUGUUUGACUGGGUGGGAGGUAGAACCUCAGAGAUGUCAGCAGUUGGUCUACUUCCGGCUGCACUACAGGGUAUCAAGAUCAAAGAAAUGCUUGCUGGUGCAGCCUUGAUGGAUGAGGCAACUCGGACUACUGUGCUUAAGGAUAAUCCAGCAGCCUUGCUUGCUAUGUGUUGGUACUGGGCUUCUGAUGGUGUGGGAUCUAAGGAUAUGGUUGUGCUUCCUUAUAAGGACAGUUUACUACUUUUUAGUCGGUAUUUGCAACAAUUGGUCAUGGAAUCUCUUGGAAAAGAAUUUGAUCUUGAUGGGAAUCGGGUUAAUCAAGGGUUAACUGUGUAUGGAAAUAAAGGAAGCACUGAUCAGCAUGCCUAUAUUCAACAGCUAAGAGAAGGCGUCCAUAACUUUUUUGCUACUUUCAUUGAAGUAUUACGGGAUAGGCAUCCUGGUCAAGAGGAGGAGCUUGAGCCAGGUGUUACAUGUGGUGACUACUUGUUUGGAAUGCUUCAGGGUACCCGUUCAGCUCUCUAUGCAAAUGAUAGGGAAUCAAUUACAGUAACUGUGCAAGAAGUAAAUCCUACUUCUGUAGGAGCUCUUAUUGCACUUUAUGAACGAGCUGUUGGGAUAUAUGCUUCCCUCAUCAACAUUAAUGCUUACCAUCAGCCUGGCGUAGAAGCAGGAAAAAAGGCAGCAGGAGAAGUUUUGGCUCUUCAAAAGAGGGUCUUGGCUGUUCUCAAUGAGGCCAGCUGCAAAGAGCCUGCUGAGGCGCUGACGCUCACGGAAAUCGCUGAUCGUUGCCAUGCCACUGAAGAUAUUGAGAUGAUUUACAAGAUAAUUGCGCACAUGGCUGCGAAUGAGAGAGCACUUAUCGUGGACGGCAACUGUGGUUCACCUCAGGGCAUCACUGUUUAUGAUACACAGUGCGAAGCACUCGAGUAAAAUGGUAAAGCUUUAUCAUUCACUAUUGUGUGUAACAGUCAAAUAAUAAGAAGAGAUUCACUAAAAUAUAAGACUCGGGGAAUGCUGCAUGAGGCACGGGCCACUUGAAUGCUACUGAAAGGGAAAAGAAAACUAUGGAUUUUGUGACCAUUGGCGGUGGCAUGACUUAAUAAUUUGUUUUAAUUGAUAGUUGCCCUCUCAAUUUAUUUGUUCAUCA